CAUUUACGUUAGUACAGUUAAUUGAAAUAUUGCCAUUUAAGAAUGCUUACUUUUAAUUUUUUGGGCCUUUAAAAAUUUACAACUGUCUUUCUUCAUCCUAUUUUCUAACAGUCUGGGUAGAUUUGAAGCUACACUAGAAGCAAACAUAGCUAAGAACCUUGAGUGGUCUUUUCACGGGUGAAAGUGUAGCUUUAGGGGCUGUCACACGCUAUCAGGAAAGCUGUUCCACACUCAUCACAGCCCUUGAUAACAAUUGCUUGUGUGACUUUUCUUCCAAACACUUUUAGUUACUUGUAGCUGCUGUUAUUUUUUGCCUUUUACUUUAUUACAUACUCCAGGAGCAUGUUAUGGAGGCCAUAGGACAUUUUGAAUAAUAUCUUAAUUAUAAAAUAUUUAGUACUGAGAAAGAUUUUAAUUGUGUUAUCAUUUUUUUUUCAAUAUUGGAGAUCGAACCUUGGGCACGGUGGACAUACUCUGCCAGUGAGGUCCAGCUCCACUCCAUAACUGUUACUUUAAUUUCAAACCAGUUGUCUGAGACUGGCCUAUAGAAGUUUGUUGUCAAACAGGCAUGCUUGGUCCCACUCCUGCACCACCACUGCUCUCUUGGGCUUACGAGCGCUUAGGUGAUAAUUCUGCAUGUGGGCAUCACUUUACAAAGGUAACAUCUACUUAGUCAGCAUCAGACUGGUCUAGAUAGAGGCAUGGAGAUAAAUGCCUGGAAGAAGCAGCCAGGGUGGGGCUGGGGGGUUGGGAUGAAGGCUUUAUUUGGGCUGACAGUGUGGAGGGAUGGCCACUCCUGGUGGGAAGGGCAUGGCCUCAGGUGACCCUCUGGUAACCAGACCUGUGGUGACAGAAGGGCAGUUGCUUGCUCAUUUUUCUACAGGGGAGACAGGUAGUGAGGCUGGGUAGACAUCAGCAGCUCCCUUCUUCCAUCUAGGUACGUGCACGCAGAAUCUUCCGUGUAAAAGAGACGAUAUGUUUUUAUUAUUCAGGUGGUUAUGGGGCAUCUGGCGUGGGUCUGGGGACACUCAUCAGAACUUUAAAUGCUAAUGUCACAGACUCCUGCUGUUGCUAGAGAGCCUGGGAAAUGCAGUGUUUUAGCAGGUGCACUAAUUUCCUGUGUAAAAUCCGGAUUUCCUUAGUAAGGAAGAGAGCAUGGUUACUGGCUGAGAGCUUGCAGUAUCUGCCUCAUAAAAUGGAAAAAAGACCACUUUUUUGGGGGGUAAGCAAUGUUAAAUUAAACCACAGUUAAACUUUUGCUAAAAGUCUGGUAGAAAGGGUAUAGUCAGUUCAAACGUGUCCAAGGAAGUCAUUAGAGUUUGCACAUUGUCGUUGUUUUGUUUUUGAAAUACAAGCCUUAUUAUUUAGUUCAGGUCAGUCUUGAACUCAGUCCUUCAGCCUCCCAAGAAGGUGAAAUUAUAGAUAUGUGGCACUAGGGUUGUGGCUUUGGGUCACGGAUCUAGGUUUAUUUCAAGGGCAGUGAAAUAGAUAAUGAGCUGUCAGUUUUGAUAUCAAGAAAGGAUUGCAGAAGUUCGGUUACUAGCAUAGGAGUAAAGUUGAAGAGCUAGGACGAGGUGGCUAAAUGUGAGAGAGGCUUCGAGAAAAGUGACUUCAGAACCCAAUUUGAAGCUUUCUUUCUCUCUUUCCUCUCCUCUCCCUACUCUGCCCUCCCCUCUCCUUCCUUCCCUUCCCUCACUCCCUCUCCUCCUCUUUCUGUGUAUGUGUGUUACAUAAAAAAAUAUGUAUUUGUGUCUGUGUGUGGGUGUGUGCAUGUGAAUGUGGGUGUCUGUGUGUGGGUGUGUGCAUGUGAAUGAGGGUGUCUGUGUGUGGGUGUGUGCAUGUGAAUGUGGCUGCUUGCAGAGACCAGACUUCCGAGGCACCCCAGCUCCUGGAACAGAAUUACAGGCAGUUGAGAGCCUUUUGACUUGCAUGGGUUCUGGGGACUGAGCUUGGGUCUGUAUUACUGAAACGUGAAAAUUUCACCUAUCUACUUGUCUGUAUACAUUGAACCAUGACUUAGAUUUCUACUAGUCUUUCCCUUACUUGUUUUCUGUCUGCUUACUUGUGCUAGAAAACACUUGCAGCAACCUAGAGGUUUAACAUGUUCUCUCACAUCACAGAAGAAGCAGGUUGUUGACCUAUUUUAAAAUGAUUUUCCUAUAGUAUUUAUAAGUACGAAUGCUCACCAAAUGUGUAUUCAGUUGUUGGUUAUCUAAUCCUACAGCCUCUUCUUUGUGAACAAUGAUUUAUGUAACGGUGUCCUUGGUUCAUUAUAGGACUGGAUGCACUGUAAGAUUUCCUGGUGUUCUGAUGUCUGUCUGUCUGCUAUUUUCCCCAUGUCUGACAUGUGCUAGUGUUCUUCUUUCUAGACAGGAAUAGGUGCAGGGCCUUAUGUGUUUAAGAACAGGCAAAUGCAUGGUAGAUGCCUAAACUUGAAGAGUGCAGAUGAGGCUGUGGUCUCCUUUUGGAAGUAAUGUACUUUUUGGAGAAAAUAACACAUAUAAAUUCAGAGUAUCAUCAAAUUUAGAGUAACAAGUUAUUAAGGGUUAUUUGUGAAAUGUGGUAUUUUGCCUUGAUACUUUCAUAUUUAUGAGAUAGGGUCAAUAGUCAUAAAGCUACUAUAAUUGUUUUUAUGGGCUUAGAGAAUAAUUUAAAUGAAAUCUCUUCAAGGUUACUUCCAAAGCAAAUAAAGAAGUCAUCUAGCUGUAGCUACUAAGCCCCCAAUACAAACAAAACACUUUGUUAAACUGGCUGACUAAUUAUGCUUUUAAUAAGUUAGGAUAGCUUUAUUUUUUUCUAUUUGUGAAAGGCAGCAGAGUUGUAUAAGUCUUUGAGUUGUAAAAAACAUUAAAAAUGUUUUAAAAAUUAUUUUUACGUGUAUGGAUAUGUGUGUUUACCAAUUGCACGUCAGUGCCACAGGAGGCCAGAAGAGGCUGUCAGGUCACCCGGGGAUUGAAGUAACAGGGGUGCUGGCUAUCAUAUGGGUGCUGAGAGCGAAACCUGGGCCCUCUGAAAGAGCAGCCAGUGCUCCUGACUGCUGAACCAUCUCUUGGGCAUAGUGAAAACAUUUCAAAAAAUCAGGUUAUGAGAAAGGACUAAAGAAGACAGGUAAUCAGCAGUAUUAUGACACCUAGUAAUCAUGUUUAAAUGUUGUGUACACAGCGGGACGCAAUUGUGCUUGUCUCUUGUCCCAGGAUUUGAGUGACAGAGAGAUCACACGUUGGAGGCCAGUUCAUGCUACACACUGAGAAAAUGCUGACCAAGGCUGAGUAGUAAAACCCAAACCCAAACCAUGUCCACCAUAGAUAGCACAGAUACAGCAGAUAGAUGUUCUUACAGAGGACCCGGGUUCCAUUCCCAGCCCCCAUUCGGCAGCUCACAACCUUUUGUCACUUCUUUCCAGGCGAUGCAGUGCCCCUUCUGGCCUCUGCAGGCACCACACACAGGUGGCACACACACACACAAACACACAUACACACACACAUACACACACACACACACACACAGGCAAAACACGCACACAUGAAAAUAAAGGUUUUAAAAAAUUAUGUUGACUUUUUUUUGCCAUUUUGAAGGUUACAAGUGAUCUACCACUGAACCGUCAUUUCCCUUUCAGUAUUUUCAGUAUAGAAUUUCAGAAAAUGUUAGUGCCAAUGUUGUCCCGAAUGUCAAGACCAAGAGUCAGAAAUAACUUUUAACAAUGAAUUUGAAAAUAUUCUACAAAGAAAUUUAUUUUUAUCUCUUAUUACUUUUUUAAAGAUUUAUUUUUAUUUAUGUGUAUUUAUGUACAUUUGUGUGUGUGUGUGUGUGUGUGCGCGUGUGUGCACAUAUCUGCCAUAUCUGUAUGUGGGUGCCCAUAGAAGCCAGGAGUGGGAGUUGGAUCCUUAGAGCUGGCAUUAUGUGCAGUUAUGAGCCACCGGAUGAGGGAACUGAACCAGGGACAGGGGCAGGGCUGGGGGAUGUUUUAGAACAGGGUUUCUCCGUGUAGUCCCAGUUAACCUGGAACUCACUUUGUAAACCAGGCUGGCCUCAAACUCAGAGGUCCGCCUGCCUCUGCUUCCCUGCUUCCCAAGUGCUGGGACUAAAGGUAUAUACUACCAUUGCCCAGUUUAUGGCCCCUCUCCAGCCUUGUCUACAGAGAGAGUUACAGGACAGCCAAGGGUACACACAGAGAAACCGUGUCGAAAAAAACCAACCAACCAACCAACCAAACAGACAAAAACCCAAAACAAAACUAUGUUUAAAAUGAAUUCAAAAUUUUCACUUUUUAAAAAAACAAAACAAAACAAAACAAAAAACCAGGGUCUCUAGUUUAUCUGUGGUUGCCCUGGAACUUAAUAUGUAGACCUGUCAGACCUUAAACUCAUGGAGUUCUGCCUGCCUCUGGGUCUGAAUGCUGGGAUUAAAAGUGUGCACUGCCAUGCCUGGCUCACUUACUCUUUUUAUAAAAAUCUACUUGUUUAUCUUAGGUUUUUUAAAACUGCAGAUAUUUAUCAAAUGAUUAUAUAUUAUACAAUUAGUAGUAAUUAAACCGAGAGGCAAUAUUACAGAGCCAGUUGCCCAACUUGAAAUCCUACUUGGCAACUUACUAAUGUAUGAAUUUAGGCAAACUACAUAAUCUUUGUAUGUCUUGGUUUCCUGGUCAUUAAAAUGGAUACCAUACUCCCUAGCUUGCCCUUAUUGUGAAAUACUGUCGGCACCUGUAAAUUCAUAUAUGACUAUCAAUUAUUUUUACUAGUAUUAAAAAAAUGAGCACAUAGUGACCCUCUUGGUUGCUGUAGUGGUUUUUGUUUCGGUAAGAAAUAGAAGACUGGAAAGUUGUAGUUGUAAGUGGAGAGCGAGCGCUGUGUGGCCUGGGUGAGCAUAUUCUGGGUGAGCAUAUUCUCCCUCAGGACUAUGGCGCUGAGAAUCUAUCCCUGUUUCUUAUCUUCUGGAUGUUACAUUAGAUGUUAUAUCUGUUCAAAUGGUUUUUGCCAGGUUUCAAAUUUUUGUUUUUUGUUUUGUUUUUUUAUUUGUUUUCUGGGGAGCAGGGUUUCUCUGUGUAGUUCUGGCUGUCCUGGAACUCACUCUGUAGACCAGGCUGUCCUUGAACUGGGAGAUUCUUCUGCUUCUGCCUCCCAAGUGCUGAGAUUAAAGGUGGGCACCAUCCCCACCCAGUUACCUGUUAGAAUGCUGAUUAGGACUGCAUUAAUCUGUGUAUCAGUUUGGGGAGAGCUGGCAUGUUCAUAAUAUUGACCAUCAAUUUCUGUUGACUUCUCAAUUUCUCCAAGUAGUCUUCUCAACUUACAUCUUAGAUGGGGCUUGGGGUUUGGGGUUGGGGGAAGGAGAAAAGAGAAAGGAGAAAGGAGAAAAGAGAGGGAAGGAGGGGCUGGGGAAGAAGGCAAAGCUGACUCUCCUUAUAAGGGCAUCAGUGCCAUCACGAGCUCUACUCAUGAUCUCCUGUUACUCUAGAGGCUAAAGCCUCAAAUACAAAUUUGGGGAUGAGAAGGCUCAAACAUAUAGUCCCUAGCAAGAGUCAGCUGCUGUCACUGAAGUCACUCAAUGGUCAAAGAUAGUAUUGAACAGCUGUAGUGGAGCAGACUCAACCAUUCAUGAAUAAGUACAAGUGAGUGCUAUAAAGCAUUAUAUAUAUAGUAUAUAUUAUAUAAUAUAUAUAUUAUAUCAUAUAAAGCAUGCCUUAAAAGUCAGUGUAAAGCUGGGCAGUGUGGCGCAUGUCAUCAGACCCAGCACUCAAGAGGCAGAGGCAGGCAGAUCUCUGCGAAUUUGAAGCCAGCCUGGUCUACACAGUGAGUUCCAGGAUAGCCAGAUAUAUAUAGGAGACUCUGUCUCAAAACAAAACAAACAAAAAGUUAGUGUAAAAACUAAAACUGCAUGAAGGAAACAGUAAAAAGUCUUGAUCUUGGGAUUGGCAGAGGUUUUCUAGAGAGGUCAACAAUGAUGUUUCAGACUUUCUAAUAGAAGAAAAGUUACCAACAUGUAGUAACAAACUCAGGUGUAUGGAUAAAAUCAUCAGAGGAUGCAGUUGAGAAAAUACCUCCAAAGAUUGUCUGUAGGCAAGCCCAUGGGGGUUUUCUUAACUAGUGAUCGAUGGGGAAGGGUUCAGCCUGGGCUGUGGUCCUGGGCUCUGUAAGGAAUCAGGCUGAGCAAGCCAUGAUGGACAAGCCAGUCAGCAGCGUCCGUCCAUGGCUUCUGCACCAGCUCCUGCCUCCAGGUUCCUGGCCUGCUUGAGUUCCUGCUCUCACGACUUUUCAUGACGAGCUGUUAACUGUGAGUGAAGUGAACCGUUUCCCCUCCACAAGCUGCUUUUCCACAUGCUGCUUCAUCACAUCAAUAGUAACCCUAAGACAACCAAUAUAUUGAUUUUUGUCAAGAUGUAAAAACAAAUAAAACAAAACCCACAAACUUUGCUCUUUAAAUCUGUCAUUAAAGACAUAAAAAGGUAAAGCAAAGAUUUGGAGAAAAUAUUCUCAAAAUGUGUAUCUGACAAUGAACUUGUAUCCAGAAUAUAUAAAAAAAUGUACUUGCUAAUAAGGUAAUAAAUAAAUAAAUAAAAUUAUAAAAGAGCAAAAGGUUUGAACAGACAUUUCACAGACAAACAUAGCCUAUUAAGGACAUAAAGGCAGUGUAAUUAGCCAUCAGAGAAAUGCUAAUUAAAUCCACAGAGACAACACCUUACAUCCUCUCCCAUGGCUGGAAAGACAACAGCUUCCAGAUGUUAGAAAGAGUAUGAACAUAGAAUUCUAAUCUCUCAGAGCCCUGCCUCCAAAUACCAUUAACAUGCAAAUAUGAGGGUUACAUUUUGAACACAUAGACUUUUGAUGAACAUAUUUAAGCAAUAACACAGAAACGUAUAUGCAGAUACAUGUAUGUAUGUAUUUUAUUCUGACAGUCCUCAUCUCCAAAGAAUAUAAGCAGCUCUUACUAGAAGGGCAGAUAUGUGAGUAGCCAUGCCAGGAAGGGACGUGCAAGUAACGGGCUUAGGAAAGCUGCUCUGCAGGCCCGGCUCUCAGUCUUAAUGCAGUGCCAACCCACAGGAUGGCAAAAAUAGAGUACUGAGUGGUGGAGAAUCUGGGAGCCAGUGUCGUCGUCCUGCUGGGAGGGGCUGCAGGUGGGAGUAUAGUCUGUAAAAUGAACUGAGAAGCUGGCAGCAUGCCCACACCGUGUGACUCACAGGUUCUUCGAGACUAUUCUGUGGUAUGCAUAUCCCUAGGUAAAUAGUCAAGAAUACCAGCUUAUCUUUAAAUAGCCACAGACUAGAACGUCUCCAGGUAUCCAUGGAUAGUCGAUGUUCAGAUUGUUUUCAGAUCAAGCCAUAGAAUACAAAGGGCAGAAGAGAGGGUGCACACGGGUAGGUCUGGUGACCUGGAACGGUGAGUGAAGGAUGGCAGUCCAACCCAGAGUGCUCCACACUGGUAAAAGUCAAAGCUAGGCUGCAUACAGUGCACAUGCCUACACUCUAGCAUCUGAGAGUUCAAGGCCAGCUCAGGCUCUAAAGAGAGACGCCCCCUGAGCCCCAAGAAGAUACAGUGAUUUUGUUAUUUUCAAGUGUUAGAAACCAAGACUGUGGUUACUUUUGAGUAAGAAAUUGGUCCAGGGCACAGAGGUUGGCAUUCUCAUAGCCCACUUCUUAAGUACAACUGGUUUACUAGAGUGCUUCCUUGAACUCACGGAACCUCUUGUGCUCACCUCCUAACACCAGAUUUACAGCCACACAUACAAAUGAAGAUCUGAGCAGGUUAAGUCCUGUGGGGACAGCCUGUAGCUUUGCUCUCCAGACAUACCCUGCCCUGGUCUGCAUGUGCUACCCAAGGCCCUUAGAUCCUCUCCUGCAGCCUCCAGUGUGAGCGACUCGUGGGCAGGUGCAGAGAUGUAAUGGGCACAGAGGCCGAGUUCCUUAGCUCCAUGCCCAGCACACAGUUAGCACGUGUAAUUACUUUGAUGCUAAAGCCCGAUCUCUUUUACACGUUUCCUCUGUAUCCUGUGAAAAAUAAGAUGCCCAUCUGUGUGUAGUCCAUGGUCAAUCUAAACAAGAGCCUCAGAUGGACUGUGAACACUGACUUCAGCUUUGUUUCCUGUCUGUGGAUCUGCUCUUCUUCCUGUACGGUCUCGUUUGAAUUGGGCGGAGCUGGGAGUCCAUUUCACUACAUUCUGAGAGGAGAGAAGUUACAAGAAGAAAAAACUUGUGAAGAUCAGGUGCACAAGAUACUGCAGGAGGAUUCCGAAGUGGGGAAGAGGAAAGCUGAUGAACAGAAAAAGAGAGAGGAGCCAGCGGUGCUGAAAACCGGUCUGGAGCAGUGUCCUGCACGUCUCUCGGAUUCAGAGAAUGAAGAACCUUCUCGGGGCCAGAUGAUGCAGACCCAUCGCUCAGCCUUUGUUUCCAAGAACAGCUCUUAUUCCUUAGCUUUCCUGGCAGGGAAGCUAAACACCAAGGUGCAGAGAAGUCAGAGCUGCAGUGACACAAUUCAGGACAGAGUGAGGAGCAGGCUCAGGACAGCUCCACCCAGCAGAGCCAAGAUCACAACUAUAACUCCAGGCUCCACCCCCAUCAUUGGUGUUCUCUUGUCUACUCAGAACAGCCGCUGCCUCUCAGCCCCUGACUUAACCAUAGAAAAGCGCUUGCCCUUCAGCUCCCUUUCAUCCUUGGCUUCCUUGCAUAAGCCAGAGCGCUCUAUCAGCCCUGAAAGCAAUGACAGCAUCUCUGAAGAGCUAAACCACUUCAAGCCCAUCGUCUGCUCACCAUGCACUCCUCCCAAGAGACUCCCCGAUGGCCGGGUGCUCAGCCCUCUCAUCAUCAAGUCUACGCCUCGCAACCUGAGCAGAAGCCUGCAGAAGCAGACUUCCUAUGAGGCCAGUCCUCGCAUCCUCAAGAAGUGGGAGCAGAUCUUCCAGGAGCGGCAGAUCAAGAAGACACUUUCAAAAGCCACUCUCACCUCCCUGGCCCCUGAGGCAGGGGAAGAGUUACCCGGUUCUGAAGCAAUCCAUUCCAGCAAGGAGAGGCCGUCUCUGGCUUUAAGCACAAGGCUGUCAAGGGUCCAGGUGCUCUCAGAGUGUGCUGGGCCCACCUCCACUGCCCUGGAGUACUUCCCUUCUGUUAACCAGACAAAAGUAGAACAGGACUGUGUUAGAAAAAGGAGCCAUGAGGCCCCACUGGAAACCUGCCAUUCCUCAGAGCACAGAGGAGUAGCCAGUGGGCCUUCUUUGGAAGGGGAGCAGUUUGAGGAGUCAAGGUCCACUGUGGAUGCCACAUUAGUCAAAACUUGCAUAAGCACAGUCAUGAAGACCACAACAGUUAAUUCACUGCUACCUAAAAAUGAUGUUUUGGAUGGGGUCCUCAAAACAAAGAAGCAACUGAGGACACUCAGCCAUUUUGAUCUGGGUAAUGGCAUUCUGGUCAACAGCCUAGGAGAGGAGCCAACCCCUUCCCUGCGUAGAGGCCGGAAAAGGCGCUGUAAGACCAAGCACUUGGAACAAAACGGGGUUAAAAAACUGCGGCCACCCAGCAGUGACAUGGGCCUGGCCCCCAAAGACCCAGGGCUGCUUGAGGUGGGGCAGAAAUUGCAGCAGGAGGAAGAGGGCCAGCAGCUGGCUCUGCAGUCACAGCGCAUGUUUGACAGUGAGAGGCGGACUAUGAGCCGGCGAAAAGGCAGCGUGGAUCAAUAUCUCUUGAGGUCCAGCAGCUUGGCUGGGGCCAAGUAGCACUUAAUGUACAAAGUAAUGUUACCAGCUUUUCAGAGGUCCUUGGCCACAGUCAUUUAUCCAAAAGAGCUAGCUGAAUGUUCUCACUUUGAAUUUCUUUCAAUGGCAAAAUACUGUCUUCUAUUAUUCUGAGAGGAUGCAGGGCCUUGGUAUUCAAAAGCCAAGUGUCUGCAUCUUUGGCUUUCUAGGACCAGGGCCAGUCCUCCUCACCCUCUGAGUGAGCCGACUCGAAGGCUUCUGGGCCCAUAUGGGCUGUACCCACUUGGAGUGAGCUUGGGAAUGGCCAGUGUUAGAGAUGGUAGGGAGAUGGGAUAAUUUCUCAUGCUCAGAGCCCCUGGCUUCUUACCACAGAGGGGUGUUUUAAGGUAGCCUUGCAGAUAAGCAUGGCUUCUUCUCAGAGACAAGCAGUGCCUGUCUCUGAAAGAGAAGAGCCAAGGUAAAUAGAUACUCACACUCAUCUUUCUCUCCCCUUUGCCACAAGUAAUUUCUACACCCAAGUCAGUUGAGCUUAGAACUUUUGCCUCUACAGAAAUUAAUUUGUAAUCUCUGUUUAAACUAUGACAUUUGAUUGAAGCAGUGUGGUUGACACCUGGUCUUCCUGAGACCUAGUUUGUAAGUGCAGUCAGCUGGAUGAAGUCUCAGUGUAGAUGUCCAGGUUCUCUUAGCUGCCAAGUGGCCUAGCCCAGACUGACCAUCGGCUCUCAUGGCCACAAGUCCCAAUGUUUCUCCACAAUCACAGGGUGCCCAAAGGAAAUACAACCUAAGGGCAUGCCAGGGCCACCCAGACUGGCUGGGCACCGAGUGUGACAGUGCAAAGCCCACCUAGAAGCACUUGGCCUUGAUGGGAUGUAAAACAGAACUGCAGUGAUCUCACCUAGCCCGUUUACAGGCCCCUGUCCUAGGAGUGCCCGGGACGAACUGUGAGGUUUCCUUACUACUUUCCACGUGGCAAUGGCUAUCUGCAAUCUAAAAAUCAUGAAAAAACUUGCCCUAAAGUCAGGCAAAGGACAAAGCUGAAACUCCAUACAGUGGAAACGAGCUAUCUGGCUGGAUGCAGCUGGUAAAUUGAGUCCCAUGGACCUUUGGGGUUAAUUUUCUUAGCAGCUGACACCAUGUGUCUUUUGCAUCCCUGGUGGUGCUUGGUGCUUCUGCCCUUCUGGGCUCAUUGAGAAUAUGGAUUAUGAUAUGGUUUUAGGGACUCAGGUGGGCUGGCCUUUCCUGUGUUUGUAUGAGCUGUUACCAUAGUCAUGUGGCUGACAUUUUAACAGACCUUCCAGAGCUUUUAUACCAAUCCUGUGUCCCCCUUAAAAGGUCCCAGAAAGAUAAUGCAGAGUUGUCUGGUGACGUUACCUUUGAUCAGAAUGUUUCUGAAGCAUUCGAAGUCUAGAGGGAGCUGGGGCUUAGACUUGCUGUUCUGUGCCAAGGGAGAUGUCAGUCCCUGGGAAUUCUAGAAGAGAGAGCUUCAGAUUUGGAGUUAACCAGAAACUGGUUGAAGCUUCUGAAGGUGGGAAGAAGGGUGUGGAGUCCCAAGCAUGGUAUCCUUGAAGCAGACAGCAAAUUUCUCUGCCACUCAUAGUUGACUGUGCCCAGGGAUGCUAGAUGUGUGUGGCCAUUAGCAAGGUAGCUUCAGAGGCUGCUGUGGCAGGGAACCUGUGCGAGCCUGAAGUUGGGUACAUGUCUUCAAAACAUGCAACAGUCCCAUGACUUUAUACUUGUACUACUUUACUUCCCAUCCUAGGCAGCGUAAGGCUUUAAGGGCUGCUGGAAGGCAUGCCAGUGCCCUAGGUAGGAGAGCUGGCCCUGGCUGCAGACACCAGGGAAUUCCAGUAGGGAAAACUUAGUAAUGUCUACCAUUUCAUGUAUUUCCCUUAUGAUCUUAGUAAUUAUUAUUGGAAGGUUAGUCUUACUGGGUAGUAUUAAAGACACUUAUUUUUCCACUUGCCACCCUUUUUAUAUGUCACUAAUGCUUAGAAAAACACUUUCAGUUGGAAUUAAUUUUGGGUUUUGGUAAGAAGAUAAAAUAUUUUAAUAGAUGAAAGAUAUAUAUUUUAAAUAUCCCCCUUCCCCUAGCAACUACCUUGAAUAAGAGUGCAUAGCAGUGGUGACAAGUGUGGGCUCAGGUGCAGUGUUGCUGCUGAGUGACAGACACUGGGCUGUCCCUGUGUCCCCCGGGGAGACCUCGAGUGUUGUAGACAGUGUUCUUUCCCAUACUUCCUGCUGAGCAGUGGCCCUGAAAUAGAGGCAAAGCAGUUUAUGUUGAGAAGGAAUGGCUUACUCUUUAAUUUGCUUACCCUUGAAAAUGGAAAAAAUUACUGAUGUAUCUGCAUGCAAGAUGCUCUCAAACUUAAUGAAACCUGAACACUUCAUUUCUGACAAUUUCCGUCUUGGUGUUUGACUGAAGCCCAUUGCAGCUACAGUUGUUGAGUAAAUAGACAAGAGAAAUAGAGUGUUGGGGAGGGUUGGGGAGCUAGGGUGGAAGACACCAUUUCACAAAUAGUUCUCCUAAGUCACUGCAGUCCUAGCCACUGCACAUCGCCCACAUUCUGCUGUGCUCCUUGGUGUGUGUGCAUUCUGUUUAUCUUUUCUUAUUAAAGAGGAAACCAUGAGGGACAGGAGGGUGAGCCUUUCUGAUGGGAAAUGUAAGAGAAGUGCUAUCCCUCCAAAGGGCUUAGUAGCCCUUCUCCAGAGAAGGUAACCCUGGUUAUAUUUAAGAGCAGCUGCUCAUAUCUGUUUGAAGAAGUCAUCUGAAGUCAUCUGGGCCUUGUGGGCUGAUAUCAAGUCAGGGAGCACUCUGCCAGCACCUGGCCUCUGACCUUAGUUGCCUCUUUAAAAAAAAGUCUGGCUGAGGAUUGUCUCGGAAUCUUUCUUAAUUGACUUCAUUUAUUUAAAAAAAAUCAUUCUUUGAUUAUGGAAGAAGUACUGGUCAUAAAUGAUCUCUCUCUCUCUCUCUCUCUCUCUCUCUCUCUCAGAAAUUAAAGCUAUUUGAUAGUUAUUGUCUGAUUACAAACUAGCCACUGACUAAAAUGGGAGGCUAAUGAGGGAGGCUGUGCUCAUUCAGAAGCCACUUUUGAGCUCUUAGACCUCCCACCCUGUGCUGGACCAUAGGCUAGCCCCUCAUGCUGAGGGCCUUGUGCAGGGCAAUGUGUGAGAAUGUGUUUGACCCAAGAAUGCAUUCAUGAACUUUAAAUGGCUGUUCCAUCUCUGGCAAUGCUCUUCAGUGGUCCUGCUCAGGAGAUCUGGCUUAGCAGAUCACCCACAUUUUCCAUACCUUAUCAGUAUUUCUGAGUUUGAUUAACUCUGCUUUUUUCAUUUCCUAAGUAAUUUUGCCAAGGAAGAAUGGAUUUCCCUGCAGUGGUUACAGAACAGUAGCCCCUGUUUAGAGGUUGCAUUUAGCUCAAAUCCCAAGAAAUGAGGCAGGUCUGGAUUGCCCUGAAGAACAUCUUUCACUUGAGUGACCUCCUAAUGUAUCCCAACCUGACUCCUCACCAGACCCAGCAGUGACUUGGGGUUUCUUUCUAGCUUAUAACUGAAGCAGAGAGCCAGUAGGAAAGGGUAGCUAGUUCAUCAUCAUGAGGUUAAAUCUAGACCAGCUCCAGCCACUUCCCACUGUAGUGCUCUAGAGCCCAAAUAACUGUAAAAGUUACACGGUUUGUAAAAGGGACAUCCAGAUGACUGUUUUUUUCUUCUGUUUUCUUCAGUUAAGAUAUACCUAUAUCCCCUGAAUACACCCACAAUAUAUAUAAUGGGGAAAACCAUUAAGUACCAAACCAAAAUCAGUGUGAUUUAAAUAAUUGGUGGGAUUUUGGUUGGAAUAGCUGUCAUUUUAAUUACAGCCUUUGCUGUUUCUUUGAAAAUCAAACUCCAUAGGGUCCUAAACCUUUCCUAGUGAGCUCUUUGCUCACCAGCCUUAUAAUACUCCUUACAUUGAGCCUUUAGGAGGAAUGGAGCUGGUUUAAGUUCUGAUAACUCAGUAGGAUUUGAGGAUGAGGCUGCUGCACUUUUUUUUUUUGAAAGAUGACCCAGAAAUGCAAAUUUCCCAGUUUUGUUAUCCACUGUAGCUUUCUGAGGAUUGUUCUGUAUGAGAGACUUGGAGAUACAGAGGUCACCAGGUUCUAGUCAAACUGGAUGGAGGAAAAAGUGCCAUGCCCCACCCCCACACCCCCUGUGAGCAGACAGCUGUGGGCAUUGGCAGCAUUUCUCCUGGGGAAGUGCAACUGUGUUGCCAGGAGUAUGGGAACUUAAGUGAUAUGGGAGCUGACCCUAGACUCUUGAGUUAGACAAGGCCGUGCUGAGGCCAGACUUGCCCAUGCUCUUCACUGCUGCUGUGGAUGAGGCACAGACAGUUCAGCCUUCAGCUGUCAAGCUGGGCCAGGAGCAGUUUCCACAUGGUUCCAGGUCCCCGCAGCAGCAGCAGCAGCAGCAGCAGCAGCAACAGCAACAGCAGCCAGGCUCUCCCUAGCUGCUGCUUGCCCUCCAGGCUGAGCCACAGUUCAGUCCAGCAGAUUCCAGUUUGCUCAGGCAUAACCACCAGCAAAGCAAGCAAGCAGACUAUGCAAGACAGGAAGUAACUAGCUGAAAUGCCAACGAAUGUUUCUUUUUUCACCUGAUACACUGUUUACUCUUAACUGUACAAAUAUAGUUUGUCCUAAGAGCCAAGAGAGGAACCUUUCCACCUACAAAUAGAAAAUGGUUGUCUGUUGGCUUUAGGCUACCUGUUACAGCUCCUCAUAGCCUGGUGUUGUAUUUAUUCAACCUGUUUACAUUAGAAUUGGAGAAGGGGCCCUGGAUCUUGGUGGGCUGCCACUGUACCCCCAAGAGCCUUUUGAUAGAGGGACUUGGGACACGUUAUGGCCUGUCAGGGAUGCUUUUACCACAAAGAAAUGGUAUGGAAUCAAGUGGGAUGAUUGAUGUAUGAUUGACACAGUACCAAAGUGCACUCUUCAAUGUAUAUGUGCCUGUUUCAGGCAAGGUCCGAGUUGAAAAUGCAGUAAAGCAGAGUCAUGAAAGCAAA